GGUUGGGACAGCCCCGGGGUUGGAACCCCCACUCCCUGAGCCUUGAUUUCGCGUCUGUGAGUGAGGAGCACAUCCCGGGGCUGGAGCACACAGGUGCCGAACCCUGUCAGCCGCGUCCUGUUUUAUCCAUCGCUCAGAAUGCUCAGGGUGAAUCCCGUUGCUGGCCGACUGUGGGGACAGUUUUAACUCCAUGGACUGAGGCCUUAGUGCCCUUAAUCGGUUAGAUGUCCAAGUGCAUUUUAAAUGAGGGGCGGCGCCCUGACAGCAGGUGAGCUCACCACGUCCUCCUGCUCCUGCUUCUGAAGCCAGCCAGCCCUGUGGCCCCAAAAGAAAAGGCCAGGUCAGCCCCGACCACGCCCUCACCUCGACCGCACCCCACCCUCCAGAGCUCCCGUCUAUGCAGUUCUGAGGCGCCGGAAAGUUUUUUCCACCAGCACAGACUCAUCUUUGAGCAAACUCAGCGCAGAUGUAGUCAGCACGCACCCUGACCUCACCAGGCACUGGCGGCUUCUCUCCCCGCUAUUUCCUGUUGUGUACCAGCGGGGCGGGGGCAGGGCGGGGGCCAGCUGCACAUGGCCAAGACCAACAAGCCCCCUCUCUCUCCACAGGCCCACAGAGGCGCCGCCAUGGGGCUCAAGCUGUCCUGCCUGAAAGGCUUUAAAAUGUGUGGCAGCAGCGGCGGGAGCAGCCAUGACGAGGCCCCCGUCCUGAGCGACAAGCACCUGGACGUACCCAACAUCAUCAUCACGCCCCCGACCCCCACGGGCAUGAUGCUGCCGCGGGACUCCGGGCAGACAGUGUGGCUGGAGGAGACGGGGUCGUGCCCAGAGGAUGGAGAGAUAGACCCCGAGGCCUGAGGAGGAGGCACAGAUCGGAGUGUCCUCACGCCCCCCUCCAGCCGCCCCAAUCCACAUGUCCCUGGGGCCGUGGCUGCCUGGGACAGAGGCGCCGAGCCCGCCGGACACUGGACGGGAGACCGAGGGAUUCAGGAGCCCAUCCGGUUGCGAGGCGGCAAAUAGAGCACAGAAUCCGCUGGCCCCAGGGCCGUGUUUCCCAGGCCCCGCUGAGCGGACCGGACCCCUCACGCCGUGCGGUCAUGGCAGCAGCUGCCGGGGGCGUGGGGAGAGGCUUUCUUCUGGACAGAGCCCCCUCCCUGAGCCCUGGGCCACACCGACUUGUGCACACACGGCCAACGCACACAAGAACUUGCAGAGUGGCCGCUCCGUUUUUUACACGCGGUUUCACAGACUUCCAAGCAGUACAGAAGGUGAUUCCUAAUUCCUUUUUUGCGUUACAAAUAAAGGUCGUCUGUCACCAUCA